AUGCCGAAAGAACGCCAAACCUGUACGGAGUGUUCUAUGCGUCGCCAGAAAUGCGAUCGCAACAUCCCCUGCAGCCGCUGUGUCAAGCGCGGCGACGGACAUAAAUGUACGAGGGAGUGGCCGGACGGGGGCUACGACCCAAAGGUCCAUCGUAUCUAUCCUCGGACAUCUACAGGUCAAGGCGAUGACAGCCCUGCCACCACAGACAACAACACCUCCCCUGCGACGACCGCCCAAAAUGUCUCAGACAUGCCCAUCCCGCCCUCAUCCAAGAGAAAAUCCGCCUCGGUAAAAUCACCACCUAGCCCCAACCCUCGUCGCCAACCUAAUCCUCUCGGUCUCGGCCCCCAUCCAGGCAAUGGUCCUCUCUCGGAUCCUGAUGCUGCAGCCAGCACCCUGGAGUUUCUUACCUGGGGCCGAUCAAAAUUCUCCGAUUACGAUCUCAAAGCCCUGGAACUUCUGAAGGAACCGCAUUAUGGUGGUGCCUCCUCGGUUCCCAAGGAUUCGGGACCUGACUGGGAUGUUUCCAAUGGAUUUGGUGGUACAGGUGCAGCUCAGGUAUCGUUCUUGCAACUAUUACUCCCAAAUCGUCGACAAGUUUUUCAACUCGUUGAAUAUCAUAUCAACUCCAUAUUAUGGUAUCAUGCAUGCUUUCAUGGGCCCACCUUCUACAACGAGCUCAACGAUGUCUACCAAGGGCCCAGUGGUCUACAAGUCCGUAACAUGGAUCUAAGAUGGACUGCUAUCUUAUUUUCAAUCAUGGCAGCGAGCAUGACCUGUGCCAGCGACCAAAUAGCCUCGUCAUGGGGGUUCAAAAAGAGCGAAAGGGCCAAAUUGACCAGACAGUGGUACAAGGCCACAGUCACAUGCCUCAACCUGGCUGACUACAUGUGGCGACAUCACAUCUACUCUGUGCAAGCCAUCGCCAUCCUGACCAUGUCAGCGCAUGUGCUGGGCUUCAGUAAUACUCAGAGUACACUGCUCGGGGUAGCUCUAAAGAUCGCUCAAGGUUUAGGCCUCCAAAGACUUGGCCCAGAAGAAGAGAGCAACAAUCCUACUGGAAUUUCCAUCGUCAGUGCAUCAGCACAACGAGAAAAAGCCAUCAAACGGGAGACCGGCAGGAGAGUAUGGUCUCAACUCUGCAUGCAAGAUUGGUUCUCCAUCCCAUUCUCUGAAAUGUACUCGAUCCAGAGACAUCAUUUCACCACGAUAAAAUCCCUGCACGUAGAUGACAACACGAUGGAACCCAUGCCCGAGGAUAUGCCUUCGGUGACUAGCUUCCAGAACACUCUCGUGGAGAUGGCCGCGUUGAUGCCACAGAUCCACGAUGCCAUCAUAGCGUCCAACACCCUGUACACCAAAUACGAACAAGUCGUUGAAUAUGACACCAAAAUGCGGAUACUGACAACUGAGCAUAUGCCAUCCUUCUUCUCGAACAACGAACCAAUGAAGCCAGAGUGGCCGCCCUUCGUCUCCUGGGCUAGGCGAAGCUUGACGAUAUGCUUUGCCCAUAAGAUCAUCAUGAUCCAUCGAGCAUUCCUAGGACGUAGCUUCACGGAGCCGGCAUUCGACUUUACCCGGCGUACGUGCAUGGCGGCUGCAAAGAGUAUUUUGAAGGAGGCCAGACAAGCUUAUGAUGAGGAGGGGCCUCUGCUAUGGAUAGAUCAAGCUUUCAUGGUGGCGGCUGGGAUCACCCUAGCGCUGGACAUUUUCCACCGCAAGCCCAACGAUCCGGAAUACGAGGAACAUCGAAAGCUGGUCGAGAAUACCAUCAGCAUGCUGGGAAAAUUCGAGAAUAGCAUGAUCGCACUGAGAGGGAUCCGUCUCUUGUCGUCUCUUCUUGCCGAACAGGCUCGACUCACAGCGGACCAGACAUUGGAGAACUACCGAAAACGUUCGAACGACACGUUAGGUGAUCCGUCGCAGCAUAAGAGGCAAAAGUUCAACGUGCCCAAGUUUGUCGAGUCAUUUGUUGGUAACGAUUCGUUCACGCAUUCACUACGGACGGCCAACAGGGGCGGCGAACCGAGCCUUGAUCUUUUCGAACCUGAAGCGCGGACUCCAGCUCGUACACCCAUACCACAAGAUCCAUCCUUCACGUCUGAUUUCGGGUACGAGACAUUCGAACAAUUGUUUCCUCCGCACACCGGUAUCAGCAACAAUUUUUUGUUUGAGGAUCUUUUGAACUUUGAUAUAUGA